AUGAAGAUCAAGGAGUUGAUGGAUGCAUGGCUUGCGAGCCACGAACGGGUCAUUGACUCGCUGCCACGCCCCUCUGGCGGCGCGGUCAGUGCCGAAGGCUCGCACGCACUUGUAACAUGGGACGAGGAGCUUUCGCGGAUGCAAAUGGCGUUUGCUAGGGCAUUAGAGCGACGCAACGAAUUGGCUCCCAUCUCGGCACUCCCUGCUGAACUACUUGCGCGGAUCUUCAGCCACCUCGCCGAGUCGUGGCCCGUGAACUCUGAUUCUCCUCAUAAGGCAACCACUACAGGUGGUUGGACGAGGGUGGCGCGCGUGUGCCGGAGGUGGCGCUCUGUUGCGAUCGACUGCGCUUCGCUUUGGGCAACUAUAGCGGUCAAUGGUCGUGAACCCAUAGAUCUGUUUCUUCUACGCGCUAGAGAACACGUGUUGAGCGUCGUCGGACAAGUUCGUGCGAAGGACGUGUAUGAUCUCUCGAGGUUAGAGCACCUUCUUGGGCAGCUUGGUCGACUUCGAAGCCUUGACAUGCACGUACUAUACAACUCCUUCGGUACCGACUUGCCGGAUGCGGAAUCCAUCAUCUUCAACUGCCUCACCAACCAUCCGCAAAUCGAACACCUUUCUCUCCACCGCGCCCAACCGUCUUAUCUUACUGGAGCAUUUGCUUCUACUACAGCCAAUUUCCAUGCGCCUAGACUAUCGAACACGUUUGUCUCAACAGCAUCACUGCUCACUACAGUCCGUCUAGUGGGGUAUUCCUACCCAUGGGGCGUACGGUCAGGUAGCUUGCGGUCCUUGACGGUGGAAUUGUCGGAGCCAGUCUAUCCUCGGGGUUUCAGUAUGCACGAAAUGUUGGACACUCUCCGGGGCACGCCCGCUCUCGAGCGGCUAGUUUUGACUCAUGGUUUUCCCGACGCGCCGCAGGAUGUCCAACGCUUCGUCGAAGAUCAAGCGGCCGUCCCUCUACCGCGCUUGAGAGAGAUGCAAUUGGCGAGCCACAACGAAACUGCGUGGAUACUCCUGGCGUUGGUCGAGGCUCAAGCCUCCGCAAAAAUCAACCUUCGAUUCCAUCAUUCCAUGUCGGCCAGCCCACCCACUCAUGUCAUUACAAUGGCGCUCUCACGGUUCCUGCAGCGUCCACUCUGCCCCGAAUACAAGGGUCUGACAUUGUGGCAGACCCACUCAACGUCCAUUGGCGUACGACUGAAAGUCGACUCCGUCGCGGACUACCAAUCAGAGACGCCCGCGGACCUCGAGCUUCACAUGGAGUCAGAUGACCUCGACGAGUUGUUACUCGCCAUUCUUCGCGUCGUGUCGUUGGAACAUAUCGAAGCGUUGGCCAUCCGGGGUAAAUGCUAUACGUGGCCUCCUGAGGACGUUCGAUCACUGUUUGCGAACGCGAGACGUCUUCGCACCGUCUCAUUGCGAGGGACGCAAGUUGCACAGGUUCUCUUUCCUUCUCUCAUACCAGAGGAAGCAGCCAAUGAGGAUCCAAGCGAUGCGCCCCACGACGAACUCCUCCUCGCCAAUAUACAAGAGCUGCACAUUGAUCGCGUGGAUCUGAAGCGGCCCGCCCCUGACACUCAUACAGGCUCUGACGGCUCUGCUCGCCGCCUCGGAGAGUGGCUCACUUCCUUCCUGUCGAUCAGAAGGUCUGGAAAUCCACUAUCGUUGUUGACCGUGGAAAGGAGUGCACUAUUCAGAGGAUGGGUAGAGGCCUGGAAGCCUCUUGUGGCUGACGUCGUCUGGGACGAGGAUGAAGUCGGAGACCAUGCUAUGGAAGAGCGGGUGUUAUCCGGCGAACAGUUCGGCGUCGAGCACUUUGGUGGAGCAUGGGCGGUUCCAGCGUCUUGGGAUGAUGAAGAUGAGCUGAACUUUCUUGGUGGCCACGAUGCCCACUCGGCGGCCUCGCUGGAAUGGGAACAAGAAGGGUUGUCCGAGCUAGAAGAAGAUGAGGAUGAGGACGAGGACGACAUCGAUCAGGAUGACCCGUGGUAG